UCAACGUUUAUUUAUGAUUGUGAAUGCAAUAAGGGGUGAUCGUGGGGGAAAUUGCUACUUUGCCCUUAAUUAUACUUUUGUUAAUCUUGGGUGCAAAAGUAACGUGAAAUGAAGAAGUAGGAAAACCGCAUCUAGUUUGGACUGCAGAGUAAAAUUGGGAAAUCGACAGUCGUCUUCAAAUUCUCCCUCCCUCGAUUUCCUGAAUCUCUCAACUUCCUAUUUACAUUUCAAAAGCCCUAAUUUUCCAUGGAAAAAUCUCGUCGAUCUUCUGUUCAUCGCACGUUAGGCGGUGGUGCAGUUGCUGAUGUGAUACUGUGGAGAAAAUGGACUCUCAGCGCCGCUUUUCUCGUGGGCUCAACUGCGCUUUGGUUCCUAUUCGAGAGGGCUGGAUACAAUUUACUGUCAUUUAUAUCGAAUGUUUUAUUGUUGCUCAUCGUGAUACUAUUCUUUUGGGCUAAAUCUGCGUCGAUUCUUAAUAGACCACUGCCGCCUCUUCCUAAUCUUGAAAUUUCGGAAGAGGCUUCUGUCAAAGCUGCUGAUGAGCUGCGAGUCUGGGUUAACUAUGCGUUGUCAAUUGCACAUGACAUUGCAAUUGGUGGAAACUGGAGAGUUUUUUUGAAGGUUGCUACAUUAUUGUGGGUAAUUUCCUACAUUGGCAGUUUCUUCAACUCUCUCACGCUGAUUUACAUUGGUGUUCUUGUUAGUUUAUCACUUCCUGUGUUGUAUGAAAAGUACCAAAAUCCAAUUGAUGAUAAGCUGAGUGUUGCAUAUAAUAUUGCUCGGAUACAGUAUGAGAAGAUUGAUAGUCUGGUACUUCAAAAGAUUCCUUUGGCUUCGAAGAAGGAGAAGAAGACUGAGUAAACCUAUUGUGCCUUCUGCUUGGUUGCUUAGCAUUCUAAUUGUGACGGUUGAAUCAAGUUUUGAGAACAUCAGUGAAUGAAGGUUGUCAUUCAGUAUAGUAAGUAGCUCAUGGAAGUUUUUAACCGCAUACUCUUUUAUUUCUUGUUUUCAUUUCAGUUAUUCGUUUCAUGGGUGAUGUCAGCCGUUCUACAGCUUAAUAGUUCUCCACUCGUCUAUAACUGAAAUUUUGAACAAGUUAUCAUUAGUAUGUUAGUUUGGUUGUGAAGCAUUUGACUGUAACAUUGAUAUAUGCCUACUCAAAAAAGCAUCGAUAUAUGCAAUUUGUGCAACUCUUGUGUAUACUACUUGCGAUGGUGCUAAUUCCAUUUCAAUAGAAAUUAUAAUGUUCAGUUCC